AUGCCUGCAGAACACGCUCCAAUCCAGCCGUCCUUCAAACGCCUGCGAGUUGAGGAAACAACAACAACAACGAGCGCUGCUGACCGUCGCGGCAGUCCAUUGACCAGUUUUGUCGAGGCUGGUGAAGCUUUUUUACCAACAUGUGCACAAGAGCGCGGCAGCGGAGGGCAAAUUAACUCAAAGUCGAAUAUAUCAAGGGCAGAAACAUCAUCCAGUGUUACACUCGGCUUAUCAAACGCAGAGGCAGUGCGAACCAGUAUCGGCAUCAAAGGUGCUUUGGCAGUCUCCGGGCAGGAUCUCAUGGAGAAAAUCCUCAUGCACAUCCUGCAUGCCAACGGUGGAGUCUUCCCUGGCGGUUGCUCCGUUUGGUAUGCCGUUCUCGCAACGUGGGAAGUAGCUUUCCCGGGCGAACCCACACCGGCUCACCAGAGCUACAAAGAUGCCUUGGCCCGAUUGGCCAAGAGAAAACAGAUCGUUGUCAGUACACAUGCCUUCAAGGAUUCUAGAGGCAUGAUGGCAAAUUACCAAUUACUGAGGGUCCCCGGGGUUGAGGCAUCUUCACCAGCUGGCGCGGCCAUGAAAGCAAAGAUCACUGCAGCGCACCCCAAGGCCUAUACACCCCUGGCGUUCACUCCCAAGACCAGGACCCAUGAUGAAGACAGCAACGACGUCCAGCCAGUUUUCUCGAGCCGGCGAAAACUUGUCCAGGGAAUCGAGGUUCUUGAUGCGCCUUUUUAUGCUAAGAAAGCCGCAAAUGAACGGCCACUCACCCCUCCUGAGGGUACCAAUUUGACUCCACGGAAACGGAAGAGGAGAAUGGUGACGAAGGAGCAAAUUACACACGCUGAGGAUGACGGCCCUGAUGGUACACGACGUCGGGACAUUUUCCGAUUUUUUAUGGACGGCAACGACGGAGCUCACAACGGACUUACGCGGUCAAAUUCGAUGGAAGCUGGAAGAGGCGGCUUCGUAACCCCUUUGGUGUUCCUUAAACCCAACACUUAUCUCGGCCAAGAUGUGCCAGAGGAAGUCAGACAUUCCCUUUUACCACCCGACGGCCCAGCUACUGAGCCAACAUACCCGUCGGCACCAGCCAAGGACGAUGUAGCCAAUGACUUCAGCGUCAAUUUCACUGAAGCCACCGUUAUCGUAGGCCAAAGGGGCGUCUGGCCGGCAAUUGACGACAGUUUAUUCGACCAAGACUGCAGCUUGACAACACUAGGUUGGAUGCCGGAUUCUCGAUGGUUCCUCAAGCAGAAUCUACCGCAAAACUUGGCUGAGAUGGUAAAAUGGCGCGGCCGCCCGCGUGCCAAGUUUCCAAGCAGCAGCCAGUAUCAGGAGUUUUCUGAGCAAGUCGAUGCCUGCUUCGACUGGGAGUUGUCGACCGAGGGUAUGAAGCUCAUGUUGGCCGAGUCAAUCGUACCGGAGCACAUCUUCAUCAAUCUUGGCGUUAGCGACCUGCCAGGCAAAUGGGAGAAUCCUCCUCUUGACUGGAAUCCCGCUAAUCAAUUGAGUGCGUCUCUAUUGUUCGACGUGCGCUUGUCGGACUUCACUACCACUGCGGCUGAUCAUCUAUGGGGCGGCGACCUUGGCCGUCAGCGGCGACGCAAGCGACGACAAAAGCAACCCGUCACCGACACAAAGGACCUUGUAGUGGGUAUAGAUCUGAAGAUCAGGUCGCUCAUAACACUGCCAAAGGAUGCGGACCUGCGAGAGGCAUCCAAGCGGAACAAUGGACUGGAUGAGACCAACGAAACCAUCUUGAUAGCGGCGUUCGUUGUGACUAGGACAUUACUAGGCGGCGCCGACAGGGUCAUCGAAUGGGGCUUGAUGAUGACGUUGUUCCCGGACAUGGCUCUCAGUGCUAUGCGGCGAUUCUGGUCCAAAGCCCGGAAGGACCGACGGACGUUCAUUAGUCAACUCACAGAACGAUUCCAGAUUCGAUUCAUUCCCGCCUACGAGAACAAUGAGUUCCCCGCGAUUGACUUUGAUGACUACGUCAACUACGAUUGGGUCCGUCUGAUCAGAUGGACCGCUGGGCUCAUCGAGGACUCCGUGGAGCUUCCUGCGAGCAAAAAUGCCCUGGUUCAAGGAUAUUCUCUCGCACCAGCCUGGGCGGACAUUGAUAAUUGGCGUGAAGAUUACUACAAUUUUCAGAUGUCUGUCUUCAACAGAUUUGAAGCCGCUACCUCGCGCCCGGCUACUUCUCUCAUCGAUGAAGGCAGCGGAUCUGCCCCAAAUACGAAAGCGAAAGACCUGGUUACAGCCAUGUCCUGGCUUCGCUCUCUCUGCUACACGCCGCGCGAUAGAUACGCACCACAAGAUAUAAGGAAGAAAAUGGCCAGCAUAGGAGGCGGGGACGAGGAGCGCAUUCAGAAUUUGCUUGAGCAAGCGGUUGAGACCCUCCAAGGCCAGGGCAUCAUUACGGACAGCAAGCUGAAGGCACUCGAGGGAAGGCCAUACCGCCUUACUGAGACCUUUCUUCCUCGGUUGAUAAAGUGGACGCAUCAGCACAAGUUCGUUGACGCCGCCCGCUUUAAGUCGCGACUUGAUGUCAGCUUUCGACGAGGCGAAAAGAUUCGUAUUCCUUACGUUCUCAGAGACGGUGAAGUUAUGGCGAUGAUGAACCUGCAGGCGAAUGGGAGAGUGGCCGUUACCACAGUCGAUGUCCCGAGCAUUCCUCUGGGAUUUGAUCCCGGCAACUAUGAAAGCAGAAAGUACCCGAAGUCGUAUUAUAACUUCGGCCUUGAGAUCGCUCCCACACAAGAUUAUCUGUACGAUGACGAUUUAGAGGUUAUCGAACGGGCAAGAAGCAACAGGCCCCCACGAGAAAACCAGAACCGAGCCAUACCAUUGUGGUCUGACUUUUUUGGGGAGCUCAACAUAGAACGCUGGUCACAGGUCCUCGGUGCAGUCGCUUUCGUCAUAGCCACGCGCGGCCCGCUGGACGUCCCGUCUGUUUGCGCAGUUUUGAAACCCUACCUUCAAGAAUUUGAGGUUGAAAUGGUUUUCGAUUGGGGCCGACACAAUGGGGUGUUGAAGCACAUGGCACACGGGACGAGCUGCACAGUGGACGAGUGGUGGUGGCUGCUUGUCGGGAGGCAGCGAGGCAUUGCGUUAUGA